AUGAGGGAACAGCAACCGUACGGUGCUUCUUUCGAGAUGUCACACCGCCGCAUGGCCAAUCUGUCAAUUGAUACCAACGCGUUCCAUGGACAGCAGGCCUUGAUAUCGCCUCCAGAGUCGGCAAAUAGUGCUCGUCGUACUUCUUACGACAUGAACUUUCAUCAGACACCUCUCUCCAACUAUCACCCUAACACACCCGUUCACUUCACCGGCCAAGACAUGUAUAACAUUGGGCCAGCGGACAAGAUAAAGCUGUCAUUUCAGCAGUAUCCNCCAAGUCCUGUGGACUUCACUUCAGGGCAGCAGCACUAUGCUACUGCCUGCAACUCGCCAACAUGGAAUUCAUCAAUGGCUUUCGCACAGAAGCCCGAAGUCGACACCUCAUUCUACCAGGACAGCUCUGCGUUGUUAUCAACCGAUCAUGAUUGGAACAGCUCCACAAUGAGCCAUUACUCGAAUGUUGACUAUGCACCAGACCCAAAUUCCCUAUUCAUGCUGCCCUCCCAGGAUCCAUCGGCGUCUUUCAUGACGGACGUCGACUCUCAUCAAGAACACCUUCCCACGUUCAUCGCCCCUAGCCAGGCAGUCCAUCAGCCGCCAGAGCUAGACUACAACAUGAGCAUAUCUGGAUGGGGUGGCCUUCAGACCCCUGUGCAUGACAGUAACAUCUUGCACUCUUCCUCUCCNCCAGAAUUCUCGCCUAUGACACCAUCCACUCUCGAAUGUUCUUUCGAUGCCUCGUAUGUCAACCAUGAUGUAUCUCCGUCGUCUUCUCUCUAUGGCACUACAUCUCGCUCCAGCCUCACCAAGAAAGGCCGUAAGAUGUCCAAGGCCGACAAGCGUCGCUCCAUCUGCAGGAGUGUCCCUGUGAAUGACUCGGAUACAUCGAUCACGCUCUUGACCGAUGAGCAGUCGGCAGCAUACAGCAAGCUGUCGAAGGAGGACCAGAAGAAUUACAAUACNGGAGAAAAAUCCCACCAAUGCCAGCACCCGGGCUGCGGACUGAAGUUCGCCAGGUCUGAACAUUGUAAAAGGCAUCAAAAUAGCCACUCGGAGAGGUACGACUACGCGUGUUACAUCUCCGAUCACCGCCUCAAUCCUGAAGACCCCAAGACCCAAUGCACCGUAGGCAAGAAGGGCAACGGCAAGCAAAACCGCAACGACAACUCGCGGUCCCACCACUGGACGCAUGUCAAAGCCUACCUCGUCGCCAACGANCCCCUCGUCCGCGAGCGCAACAAGCCGCUGAACGGCAAGUCCAAGUCCAAGGGACGUAACUGUCCCAUCUCGCCAAUUCAGAUGCUUGCUCUUGUCCGCGACAGAGACUCUGCUCCAGACCAGGAAGUCGUGCUCAAGUUCUUGAACGGAGAGGCUGGCAAGGACUUUGGCGUUCAUAUCCUUUGGGAGGAGGAGGGGUGCCCGGUUGUUCCUUGCCCGCGCACUGUAGGGCCUAGUGGUUGUGGGAUGUGCAGGUCGAAGCAAGGGAAGGAGAAGAAGGAGUGA